UGUGUGUGUGAAGGUUGGGAUCUCUCCUCUUCUUUACAUAACAUGAGUGGGACCUAUGAGAAGAAGAUGGCCGUAUUAACUGACCUGAGCACCUCCUUGAGUUGCCAUGCCAAGGACUCGCCCACCUUACCCGAGUCCACUGCCACGGACAUGGGCUACUACAGUGGUCCGAUGGCUCCUAGCCAACACGACUACUACCAGAGCCAGGCGUAUUCCCAGUCGCUCAAUCCGUACAACUACCACCAUCAUCCUCAGUUCAACCUGAGUGGGCUGGUGGGAUCUGAAGGCUUUAUGCCCAAGGAAGACUAUCAGUAUGGAGGUGGAUACCGCUCCUAUGGACAUUACCGAGAAGCUCCGGCUCCAGAGUCAGUUUCCAUAAAGGAGGAACCAGAAACGGAGGUACGAAUGGUCAAUGGAAAACCAAAGAAGGUCCGAAAACCAAGGACCAUCUAUUCUAGUUAUCAGCUGGCAGCACUGCAGAGACGUUUCCAGAAGGCCCAGUACUUGGCACUACCUGAGAGAGCAGAACUGGCGGCUCAGCUGGGACUAACACAGACACAGGUCAAGAUUUGGUUCCAGAACCGCAGGUCAAAAUUCAAGAAACUUUACAAGAACGGCGAGGGUCCUGGAUUGGAGCACAGCCCCAAUAACAGUGAUUCAAUGGCUUGCAAUUCUCCCUCUUCUCCACCUAUGUGGGAGCAUAGUAGAAGCAGGACCCCUCAGCAACAAAGUCUUCCUCACUGUUCAUCCCCAAGCUAUCUUGAGAACUAUAACCAAUGGUAUAACCAACAAAACCAGCCAGGACCUCAUCUACAGCCCCCCGAUGCCUUACACCAACCUCCACCUAAUACAGUGUAUUAAGUGAUAGAGACAUUGAAGUUAGUUCAGAUGGAAAAAACAUAUAACAUCCUCUUCAACGUUGACUAAGAAGGGGUAUUAUGUCUUGUAUUUGGGCUACAGACUCUAUUUAAGUGGCAUUGGUAAAAAGAACAAUUUUGUAAGAUAUUUUGAAGGACCAAUAUCCACCUAAAGCCCCCAAGCAAAGGACUAUGGAUUGUCAUAAAAUGGAAAGACUUAUGGAUACCAGGUCCGCCAAAUCUUAUGUGACCUGAUUCCUCAGCUAACCCGGACAUGGAAAGGUCUAUCACCAGGAGAUCCAUCAUUUCCUUCUUAAAGACAUGCUAACCAACCCAAAGCAAGGCAUACUUUUGUCACCAUAGUGUGAUAGAGAACUUCUCCAUGACCUUCGGGACACAUGGGACACUGUAUGUCAAGAUGGGACUUUGUUUUUAAUGAAAAACAAUGACAUUUUUAUUGUUGUCAUGAUCCCACCACACAAAGCAACUUUGUCAUAUUUAAUGAGAAUUCAGGAGGCAAUUUUAACUUAUUUUUGUAAUAUUUUUGGGAAAUGUAUGGAAUAGAAGGGAAUUAAAUUUCAGAUUUAAAAGGAGGUUGGCAUGUGGAUGUUAAUGUGUGAAUGCAAAUUAAAAUAUUGCAUUUUGCUG